AUGCUUUCCGCUGCCUCUCUUCUGCUUGCCGGUGCUGGCAUCGCCAACGCGUACACCAUUGCCGUGGCAGAGCCUUUCAUGCGCAAGAACAUCGAUCCUGUCGUCAUUCCCGGCCAGUACAAGAGCCACAUGCACACUUUCUUCGGUUCUGAUGCCGUCACUCUCAACACGAACUCUUCCAAGGAGCUUCAGGCCGGUUGCUCCACUGCCGAGAACCCCAACGACUAUUCAUCUUACUGGGUCCCAACUCUCUAUGUUAAGGAUGACGCGGGCAUGACUCCGGUUCCUUUCUCCCGAUUCUCCGCUUACUACGUUUCCAUCGAAAACGCCGAGGUCGCUAUUCCCCAGAACUACAAGACUGUCGCUGGAAACGCCGCCGGCAAGUCGCAGGCUGAUGUCGAGGAGCUUGCUGGUAUCCAGUGGUUUUGCGAGGGCGACGAGGGCGAGAGCAAGGAUGCCGCCGCCUGGCCAACCAAGACCUGCUCUACGCACCUCCAGACCCUGCUGCUCUUCCACGACUGCGUCAACGAGGACACACUGGAGUCGGCCUACUCUGGCACCCAGAACUGGAAGGAUGGUUUCAAGCCCGCCAACAGAUGCCCCUCCGGCAUGAAGCGCAUGCCCCAGCUGCGUUUUUCCAUCCGCUACGACCUCCGCAAGGUCCUCCCCGACGGCUGGAAUGGAGCCCCGCCCUUCGAGCUCGCGUGCGGCAACUCCUUCUGCUCCCACGGCGACUUCAUCAACGGAUGGCUUCCCGAGGCCGCGACCAACAUGCUCAAGGCCAACAGCAAGCGCGACUUCGCCGGUGUUGACGGACCUGAUGGAAAGUACAACGCUGGAUCCAAGUGCGGCGCGAGCAACGCGAAGGACGCCGACCCUAACAACGGAACGAGCGACUACGAUGAGAGCGUCAAGAUGAUGAACGCUAAGCGCAGCAUCGGACAGCGUUCCCAGUCUCGCAGCAGGUCUUCUGUCUAA